AUGAGACAUAAAUUUAAGUACUAUUUAGAANUCGCUUCUGCUUUUCUGCGCGCGAUAAAGUUCUUGGAAGAUUACUGGAAGGAGUUAUGCAGCAACAUAAGGACUGGCCAUGUCAGUGACUGGAUCACUGAUCCUGGCUGCAGAGGUUCUGUGUCAUUAGUUCUUGGCGGCACGAAUUCAGAAUUGGCAGAUUUGAUAGAGGAGCAAUGCAGUGGAAAGUCAUGGGAGGGGAUAAUAAAAAACCUGUGGCCUAAAACUAAGUUCAUUGAGGUUAUUGUUACAGGUUCCAUGGCUCAAUACAUCCCAACACUUGACUUUUAUAGUGGUGGACUCCCUUUAGUUUCAACGAUGUAUGCCUCUUCUGAAUGUUACUUUGGGAUCAAUUUUAAGCCUCUCAGCAAGCCUUCUGAUGUUUCCUACACUCUCCUUCCAAACAUGGCCUACUUCGAGUUCUUGCUGGUCGAGAAAAACAAUGGAGAAUUGACUCAAAAAGUCCACUGCAAUGGUGUUUCUGAUAAGAAUUGCAUACAAGCCAGUGAUGAAAAGGAGGAAUUUCAAACUUUAGAUCUCAUGGAGGUCAAGCUUGGUCAGUACUAUGAACUUGUCGUCACAACUUUUACUGGCCUAUACAGAUACAGAGUUGGGGACAUUCUUAUGGUAACCGGCUUCCACAACAAGGCGCCGCAGUUUCGCUUUGUGCAGCGAAGAAACGUCGUGUUGAGCAUCGACACAGACAAAACGAACGAGGAAGAUUUAUUGAAAGCAGUGACGCAAGCUAAGUGCCUCAUCGAGCCUCUCGGAUUCCUGCUGACAGAAUACACAGGGUAUGCUGAUACAUCUUCGAUUCCGGGACAUUAUGUACUGUUUUGGGAGCUGAAAAUGAAGGGAAGCAACGAUCUGCCGGAGCUUGAUGCUGAAAAAAUGGAGCAAUGUUGCUCAAAAGUGGAGGAAAAUCUGGAUUCUGUGUAUAGGAGGUGCAGGAAAAAGGAUAAGUCAAUUGGGGCACUGGAAAUAAGAGUGGUGAAGCAUGGAACAUUUGAUGCAUUAAUGGAUUUUUGUGUGUCAGAGGGGUCUUCUGUGAACCAAUACAAAACACCAAGGUGCAUCAAAUCUGAAGAAGCCAGAAAGUUAUUGGAUUCCAAGGUGGUAGGGAAGUUUUUCAGCAGAAAAACUCCAUUCUGGGAGCCAUUUAGAAUGGAAAUUAACUAAUA